UUGAUAGUCUCAUCAUGCCCAAUGUCCCAAGUUCUUGAUUGUUUGCAAGUUCUGUGGAAAGCAGAAUAUUCCAAGAGAAAAGAUUCUGGAACACACUGACCCUGAAAGAGGUGACUGUGAAAGAAAGGUUGGUCCUUGUUUGUACCAGAAAGUUGGUUGCGAGGAACUGGUGGAAGUUGAGAAAAUGCCCCAGCAUUUGGAAACAACUGUUGUAAAGCAUCUUGAUUUGAUUCGUGAUAAAGUAUCCAAUGUGAGUGAUGAAUUUGCAACACUGAAGGUGAAUCUUGAUGUACCAGCACUAUCCCAGAAUGUGAAAAGUAACGCCGACCGAAUCGUGAUAGUAGAACGUGCUGUUCAGAAGGUGGAACAAGACUUGGUUGAUGUGACCACUAGGCAGCAAGGUCAACAACCUACAAGGGGUGUACAAGCUAUCAUCGAUAAGCAGUCUCGCUCAAUUGAAGAAUUGAAGGCCAAGACCAUUGUACUUGACACUAAGGUAUCUACGUAUGAAGGGAUUGUUGCCGUACUCAACGGUCAGAUUGAGAGAGAUGCUAAUGUUGUGCAGGCCAUGGAGAGAGAGCGGAAACAAGACCGAGAUCUGGUGGAAUCUUUAGAGAGAAAGAUCAAAUCUCAAGAUCGCAUCAUCGCACUGAAGGAUGUCGCCUUAGCUGAGCAAGAUCUAAGAAUUCAGUCUCUGGAGAUGGCAUCUUACGAUGGUGUACUGGUUUGGAAAAUCUCUGACUUCAAUCGUAAAAGAAAUGAUGCCUUAUCUGGUCGCACUACAUCCAUCUACUCACCGUGCUUCUUCACCAGUCGUCAUGGUUACAAGAUGUGUGCCCGAGUAUAUCUGAAUGGAGAUGGAAUGGGCAAGGGAAACCAUGUCUCCCUGUUCUUUGUCAUCAUGAGAGGCACAUUUGAUGGGUUGCUGAGAUGGCCAUUCAGACAAAAGGUAACAUUCAUGCUUUUGGAUCAAAACAACCGAGAACAUGUCAUUGAUGCAUUUCGUCCGGACCCUACAUCAAAUUCCUUCAAGCGUCCUACUGGCGAUAUGAAUAUUGCCAGCGGCUGCCCUUUAUUCAUGCCUCUGUCUCAACUGGAGAGCAGUCGUCAUGCUUACGUAAAAGACGACUCUAUGUUUAUCAAGGUGAUCGUAGACACUACAGAUUUAAAUUAAGUUGUUCGUAUCCAUAUGGCUCUUUUUUGGGGAUUCAUUAUGCUGGAUUGUGUACUUGUUCCUUUGUAAUCAUGUUCAUUAAAGCAAGGCACA